CUAUGAGAACGCUCAAUCAAAGAUGGCGGCCUUAAUUCGAAAUCGAAUUGCAGUGUUGACAAGACCAUCAGCGAUGUCUAUGAAUUGCAUUAGACAUUGGAGUACUUUUCCAACACUUCAUGCAGGGCAAAAAAUGAGAUUGAGCCGAGGUCAAGCACGCGAUGGAAUAGCUUAUGGACCUCUCACUGACCUACCAGACUGGAGUUUUGCAGAUGGGACCCCAGCACCAGAGACAAAAAGAAGAAGAACAAGAAGGUUGAAAAGAAUGGAUGUGGCCCAUCAAAUCUUAACGUAUUUGAAUGAGGUGGAGAGAGCAGGGGAAGCAAGAGAUGAAGAUGGAAAUGUUCUGGAUUCCACAAAACUGCCAAAGAAAGAGCAAGAGAUCAGUUGAUGAGCGAAUUCUGGUUCACAAACAUUACCAAGCUGCAAUUAAAAUGGAAAGAAUAGCCGUUUAGGAAAAACGAUUCAUCCUUCUGAAGGAAAUGCAUUCAUUUCUUAUUCAAAGCUAGCAGAACAAAGAUUAGCAGCUAGGUUUAUCCUAAUUUAAGCCUAGUUCUACUUUAACCCAUGAACUCCAGAGAUCUGAUUGUUAAUUCUCCCCUUCAGCCACUUACACAUUUCCUCAUAAAUUAAUUAUGAGAAUUUGGUGUUAGAUCAAGAUAACAACUUCUACCGGAUAAGUUUGAGUAUUCUCUUUACCUUUUUGCUGGAUAGUGUAUGGAUAUUAUUGGGAGAAGUUACAUGUUAAUCACUUCUGGGGUUAGAGGGUUAAAUAUUUUUCUUUAUUAAUAGAAUGAUGACUUCACAAACAAUAUUUGAAGUUUUCAUUACAAGGGCUGAAGACUUGACAUUUACUGGUAGUGUAAACUUUUUGAGUGAUGCAUUUUUAAGUUAAAACAGUUGAGAGCUUUACACUUUUCAAGUGUUAAUUUCCUUCAAGUUGUAUGUAGUUUUUGUCCAUAUAAAAUCAAUCCAGGGUGCUUUGUACUUUAAAAAUUAAAAGAGACAUGAACUGA